AUGCGUAAUCACGUGGUUGCUAACUUUACCUGUGCCACCCCACCACCAGAUCUACCAACCAACUUACCACCGAGUCUGAUCUCCUUCAUGACUGUUCCAAUGGAAGAAACACCAGCUGUUGCCCCGUCUCCCCCGAGCACCCCAAACAUCCCUGCAUCUGCCAUCAAUGCCCCCACUUCCAUCUCCACUUCCAUCUCAAGCUCUGUUCAACAAACGGUUCCAGAUGGUAUAAACCCAGAAACCGCUGCCCUUCUUGCUGCCGCGGCAGCGCACGGACGUCAAGACGCCGUCCAACUUCCCCGGGAUGCAAAGUUGGUUUCCCUUAUAUUACAGGCAAUGGGGGUAGAAGACUAUGAGCCGCGAGUCAUUCCACAACUUUUGGAAUUCAUUCAUCGUUACGUUCUAGAUGUUUUGGCAGACGCACAAAUCUACGCGGAGCACGCAAGCCAUAAUAGCAUUUCACUCGACGACGUACGUCUGGCGAUAGAAGGUCGGGCACCUCAUACGUUUACCACACCCCCUGGAAGAGAGUUUCUCGAGGCACUGGCUGCCAAACGAAAUUCCGUCCCUCUCCCGUUGAUACCCGAAAAAUUUGGAGUGCGGCUCCCCCCAGAGCGCCAUACACUCACCAGCACCAACUUUCAAAUCGCCAUCAGUCGUACUUCAAAGCACCAGCCAAUGGACAUAUCCACGGAAGCAUCGCGACCACUUACCGCCGCACCAUCCGUACGAGGCCCUAGUGUACCAGGGUCACCCACCUCCGCUCGUGCAUCUGCCGCGAGUAUGACAGGCGUUUCCGGAUCAGAUUAUCAACCCGCCCCGACUACGCCUACUCCUUUUCCAUCCGUAACAGCUGUCAAAACGGAAAUGGAUAUUGAUGAGGAUUAUGACGAAGAAGGUUAA